GCAUCUCGUCUCUCAUUGGUGAGCUUGCGUGUCAAUCAAAGCGCGUUCCCGGUACACAUGGUGGAGGGAAGCCACGUUGACACCAAUUACUGUUUAAGCUUUUAAAACUCCACGAAAAAGUGAAGUAUCUUUUCAUUGUGUCGGCGCAGGUGUCAUAUCAGCACAAUGAGUGUUGGGUUUAUUGGAGCGGGUCAGUUGGCACACGCGCUGGUCAAGGGCUUCACAGCAGCUGGUGUAAUUUCUGCUAGUAGAAUAACAGCAAGUGCUCCUGACAUGGAUCUGCCCACCGUCUCCGGUCUGAGGACAUUGGGUGUCAAUUUUACUACAAGCAACAAGGAAGCAACACACAAGAGUGAUGUUCUGUUCCUGGCCGUCAAACCUCACAUCAUUCCCUUUGUUCUGGAUGAAAUCGGUCCAGAUAUUGAGGAUCGUCAUCUCAUUGUCUCCUGUGCCGCUGGGGUCACCAUCAGCUCUAUUGAGAAGAAACUGCUUCAGUACCGGACAGCUCCAAAGGUGAUGCGGUGUAUGACAAACACCCCAGUGGUGGUGCGCGAGGGGGCUACGGUCUACGCCACAGGAACUCAUGCAGAUGUGGAGGACGGUAAACUUCUGGAGCAGCUGAUGGGCAGCGUGGGCUUCUGUACUGAGGUGGAGGAAGAUCUCAUCGAUGCCGUGACGGGUCUGAGCGGUAGCGGGCCGGCUUAUGCAUUUACAGCACUUGAUGCUCUUGCUGAUGGUGGGGUGAAGAUGGGGUUGCCACGGAGACUAGCAGUGAGACUGGGAGCACAGGCAUUACUGGGUGCAGCUAAAAUGCUCCUGGACUCAGAACAACACCCAGGUCAACUGAAAGACAACGUCUGCUCACCAGGUGGCGCUACCAUUCAUGCCCUGCACUUCCUAGAGAGCGGAGGCUUUCGCAGUCUGCUUAUCAAUGCUGUUGAAGCGUCUUGCAUCCGAACCAAAGAGCUUCAAAGUUUGGCUGAUCAGGAGAUGAUCUCACCUGCUGCUAUCAAAAAGACAACACUAGAUAAAGUCUUACAACAACCGGGCAUUUCAUCAGCGGCCACCAAGGGCAAAGUCAAUCUCUUCAACAACAAGAGUGGAGUAAAGAAGAACUAAAACACACACAUGCAUUAUAUCUGAUAAAUCCCAUUUUAAUACAAAAGAGUCCAUCCAUGUGUACACAUUGACUCACGUGAACUGAAGUGCAUUAUGGGUAUGAAAUGGCAAUUCACAACGUAAACCAUUUCAUGGAUUUUCUCCUAAAGGUCACAGUUUGUUGCUCAGAAGACAGUGUUAAGAUGUGUUGUGUUAAUUUCACUUUCAUUAACACACACACAGACAUCUGAGCUCAGGAUAUCAGUGCACGGAUGAACCACUAUGGGGCUUAUAAUGAUGAAAGACAAAAAUAUGUGUGUCUCUUUUUGCUUGUAGUUUUUUGUCACUUCUGUUCAUGGGUGAACCGUGAGUAAAAGUUUGUUUGUUUCAGCUGUUAAAUUAAAUAUUCGAUUCUA